AUGACGCGUCACAGCGUCUGGUUGUCUUGGCAAACUGGGGCCGCGACGUCCCGAGUGGGAAAAUAGCCAUGAGAGCAAGAGCGAGACACCGGCCACCCAGUCCCCUCACUCCCUCACCCCAUCGGAAGUGUUAAAUGCUUUUGAGCCCAAGGGCGGCCCUGAGCGACCUCGUCACACCUGCCUGAGGGUCUUGAGCAGUCACUAGCCUCGGGGGUGGGGGGGUGGAGGGGAAACAGGUCGAAGGUGAAGUGAGUUCUGAGUGAAGGAAGCAGGGCCGGGCUGAGGCCAAGGAGAGAUGGUGCUGUGUUCUGCAUCCUGACUCAGAGGAUUUUGUAACAGCCUUCAUCUCAUCCGACAUGACUGCAACCGAUUAUCAUUGUUAUUCGGAGUUUUUCCAGAGACAGGUCCUUGCCUGUUUCCUUACAAACCCACACUAUGGCAGCCUCAUUAACGCAAAUGGCCAUGCUGAAGUGUGGACGGAUUGGAAUGACAUGUCCAAGUUUUUCCAGUAUGGAUGGAGAUGCAACACUAAUGAAGAUGCCUAUUCAAACCGUACCUUGAUGGGCAACUGGAACCAGGAAAGAUAUGACAUAAAGAAUAUUGUGCAGCCCAAACCCUUGCCUUCCCAGUUUGGACACUACUUUGAAACAACAUAUGAUACAAGCUACAACAACAGAAGACCACUUUCAACCCAUAGGUUUAAGCGAGAGCCUCACUGGUUCCCAGGACAUCAACCUGAGCUGGUUCCUCCUCCAUACAAAUGCACAGAAAAGUCAAUCUACAUGAGUAGUUAUUCAAAGCCUCAAAUUGAUCAUCACUCUGUGUGUGUGUGGAAUCCUAGCAACUGCCGGUUUCAGAGUCCAUGAUUCUAAGAAAGAAUAGGUUUCAUUUUUCCAGUGUAGAAUGUGGGAGGGAGCCCAUUCUAAGCACAACUAAGAAUUUAGCUGACUGUAGCACAGUUUUACUAUCUGAAUAAAUAAAGCCCAACAAAUAUUCUCUACCCCCACUUUUUUAAACCAAGAAAUGUCAAAUUUAAGUUAAGUAUAUUUAUUCAUUAUGGGUGUUGUAGGACAGCAUUGAAAAGAGUUAUUUCUUUCAAAUCUACAACCCCUCUGCUCUUCCCUGCCUUCCACGAGGGGCAGAGCUGCAAAAUCCAUCCUGACUUAGGCUGCAUUUGCCUAGAUGCUUUCUGGUUGUAAGCCUGGUGGUCAUGGUCAGAAAAGUUAUAUUUACUAUCACCCUAAUGGAUAUCCCCUCUUAAGGACCAGAAGAAGAAAUAUAACUAUUUUUAUUAAUAUGGAAAAUUUGAAACAUAAAAAAAUAGACAAGAGUAGUAUAAUGAACUCCCAUGAACCAUUACCCAGCUUCAACAAUCGAUGACCAAUCUUAUCUAUCCCUGUUUACUUUCUCUAUUUUUAAAUUUUUCUCUGAAAUUAUAUGAUUUCAUCCAUAAAUAUUUCAGUUUAUAUCUCAAAAAGAUAAAGACUCAAUUUUUGACUCCCUGACAAAGAUCGCCAAAUAAAACUGCUGAUCAGACAAAGCUGAGUUGUUUAUUAAACCUGUGACAAGGAAGAACCUCAGCUUGACACAGUCUUGGUAAUGAUUCAGAAAGGUGAUGUUAGGGUAGGAUACUUUUAGGAAUUUGGGAUGAUUCAGCCGGUUUAAGAUGGGCCUUUCAUUGUGAGGAACUGGCUACAAUUGAGAAAAGAUUGUGAAUAGCUUAGGGUUGGUGAGAGGCAAUAGUCUUAACAUCAGUACAUUCCUUUUUUUUUUUAAUCUCCUAUUUAAGAUGACAAUCUUCAUUAUUUUUUGAAACAGGUAUGAAUAUGGAAUUUAUGUUGUACAUGAUGUUAGGUAGUGACUAAGUUUUGUUUAUUUCUGUAUGGCCCAUGUUAGUUAUUAAAAAGACCAUACUUUCUUCACUGCUC